CGGAAGCUUACCAGCUGCACACCGCAAUAAUGACGACAGCCUGUAGCACUACCGUGUAUAAAAGAGAACCAAGCUGGAAAUUGACAAUGUUCUGCUUUCUCACCGUUGUCAUUUUCGAUUCUGUAUUGUUUAUUUUUUACUAUUAUUUUGUGUAUUUACUGCCUGCUCUACCUAUUUUGCUUCCAAGCCAUAGCAAACACCACAUUGCCUCACCUAUCUAUAACUAACUAAUUAAUUAAUACUCCUCCUUUCACAAAAUGCUUCGCGGAUUUGUCAUCACGCUGGUUAUCGUCCUGCUCGUCUUUUUGGACAAAAACGAUCUUGCAUACACCAAGGGCUGGCAGUACUACUUUAAAUGGGUUGUUAAGCCGCUGUCGGCCGUCACUGCACUUGGACUGCUGAUAUCCAGCAUGUGCUCUUGCUGCUGUGGCGGACCCAAGCGCUCGGCCGAUAUCCGCGGUGGACGCACGUUCCCAAGCGUGCUUGGGUUCUUCUCGCUCGUCCUGACUGCGCUGUGGGCAGUUGUUGUCGCUUUCCAGGUGCGCGACACUAAUGUGACCACGAUCGAUACAAUCAUCAAUAACUCCUUUGCCAACCAGGCGUUCAUCUACCCGCUGGGAAAGGGCUUCUCGCUGAGGAACGACUGCAAGGCCAGCCCAUUUACGCUGAUGGAGCAUGGCGAGACCGCCUGCACCCUGCUCAAGGCAGAGACGGCCCUGACCAUUGUUUGCCUCGCCCUGUGGGCGCUGACCUUUAUAUUCUCGACUUUACUGUGCUGUAUUGUGCGCCGCACUCGCCGCGUCAACCACCUACUGCCGACUUUAACGCAUAUAUUCAAGCACUGAGCAGAUUUGAGGAUAGAUAAAGCCAUAAUGGCGUUUGUUUUUUGUCGUUUCUAACUUAUUUAAUGAAAUGCAAUAUCUACAAAUUACACUUGGGCAAUGUAAGCCCGCGGACUAUUGACUAACGUAAAAAAUACAUAGCGGAGAGACAAAUAUCACAAAUUCGAUGAUAGAUUUGCUAAAAAAAAAUUGGUGAAUAUUGGCAUUAGUACACCAAAGAAAAGAAUGAGACUACAAGUAUCCUACAAGUCGACAUCUUCCCACAGAUUGAAUAGCAACCUGAAAGGUGUUUAGAAAUUAGUGGCA